AUGGGAGAGCUGUCCGCUGGCGCAACUUGCGGCAGACGCAACACCGGACGGCGGGGGAGAGGAGCAGAUACUGGGGGUGGAGGGGGAAAAGGGGGGAAAGAAAAUCGGGGGCUUGGCGUGCGACAGGAGAGAUGCUCCGCUUGUGACGUGAUCUGCGGCAGGCGCAUUGGCGCGCUGCCGCUCCUCAUCGCGCAGGCCUGCUUGCCGCUGUUCCUCUCCUCCCUUCCCUCUCCUCCCUCGUCCAAUCCCCUCCCUCCCCUCUCCUCCCUCGUCCAAUCUCCUCCCCUCCCUCCCCCAUCUUCCCUAUCCCCCGGAAUCCUUCUCUCCCCUUUUCUCCUCCACCCCCUCUUCCUAUCUCCUCCUCCUCUUCCCCUCUCCUAUCCCCUCGUUUACCCCCCCCCCCUAGCCCCUUGCUUCUCCCAUGCUAGCCCCCUGCUUCUCCCAUGCUAG